UUUUUUUUUUGUUUUUAGUCUGUGAUCUACGGUGUUGAAUUGAUUGAAGUCGAUUGCUUGCAUUUUGAUUACUUUUGCAAACCAACCAAGCCGUAGCUGUGCGGUGUUGUAGCUAUAAAUAAUGAUAAAAUUAUAGUAUAAUUACAUCUCACUCCCUAACACUUGCCAAAUAAUGUGUAAUAACGUAACCUUAUUGUACAAGUGAGCCCUUGUUGGUUGAGUGCAACGAUUGAUUCGGUGCUCUAAAUUUCUUAUAAAAUGGAUAUCCUGGAAAGAAUUUACCGUAACUUCAGAAGUCAGGUACUCAAUUUACCGGCAACUAUACCUAAGACUGUAGAUUUCGUUAAUAAAUCUGUAAGUAAAGUGAGAGUACCACCAUUCAAUAAAGACAAUGUUCUAUACUAUUAUUUACCAAUACAAGGGCUGGUUAGUUACACAACACUCUCUGUGAGUGUAAUGAAUCCACAUCUAAUGGUCAGGUUAUUUCCACGUAGAGAUAUAACGGAUGUGUUAUUCUUGACUGCUGGUGGUGGAGCCGGUCUAUGGCUAUGGGCCCGACCGCACAUGGCAGCUGCUGCUCCUGCAAGAAGGUUUUCAUGGGCAUUCCUUGGUGGGUGUCUAUGGCCAUUAGGAUCUAUAUUCUUGUGGGCAAUUUUGAGAAGUUCAGUGGGGCAGAGACCUAUCUUAGGCACAAUCCUAGGUAUUACAACGGGAGCUAUGCUUACCAACAUUGCAAUGGACUAUUUUCACUAUGUAGAGCUUAUGUUUUGUGGGGAAGUACAUCUCCCAGAAGAAACUUACUCUCCCAAUAGUGAUGAUGAAAAAUAUGAUAUUGACUUGUAGAGUUGCACUCUGCUGCUUUAUGUACACAAAUUUAUAAAUAAGUGAGAAUGUUUUAUGGCAUUAUUUGGUAGCAGUUAUGGGAAAAAUGUUUGCAUAAUUUUAAAAACUCAAUUUUAUAUAUGUAAUUCUAUGCACUAUGUAAUUGUUGAUGUGGUCACUUCAUGUUAUUAUAUCUAGUCUUCAAUGUGCUUAUAAUAAAUUAUUUCAGUUCAAAUAAA